AUGGCAGCGAACGGUAGCAACGCGGGUUCCAAAUCCGCUAAUAGUGGUGGGGCGAAACAGUCCGGACCCUCCGCCGAACAGGUGGUGGCAACAUUUCAGAGGAUGCGUCAGGAACAGCGCAGUAUGUCCUCCAAAGCAGCCGAGUUAGAGAUGGAAUCCAAUGAACACAGCCUCGUCAUCGACACCCUGAAGGACGUGGAUCCGUCCCGCAAAUGCUUCCGUCUGGUGGGCGGCGUUUUGGUGGAGAGGACGGUGAAAGAAGUUCUGCCGGCGUUGCAAACCAACAAGGAGCAGAUCGCCAAGAUCAUCGAGUCCCUCAACACCAAGAUGCAAGAAAAGGGGCGGGAACUCACCGAGUACAGAGAACGGUACAACAUUCGGCUGGUGGGCGAAGGCGAGGGAGACGCGCAAGGCCAGCCCGCGCCAUCCCCCAAAGACGGCGAAGGCGGCAACCAUAAAAGCGGAGCUGGGGUUUUGGUGUCGUAG